CUUCAUGUGGCUGCGAUGAGCAAUAGUCCCGAUGCUAUCGACCUCCUCCUCAAAUACGGCGUCGACGCGAAUGUGAAAGAUGCAACUGGACGAUCACCAUUACACUAUGCUGUGCAGGCUGAUAGUAGCAUUCUUAUUGAAAAGCUAUUGAAAGCUGGAGCAAGACCUGAUGCUGUUGACGUUUUCCAAAAGACGCCACUCAUGGCUGCUGCGGAAUUCGGCGCAAUACACGCUGCCUCGACGUUAUUGAAGCAUGGCGCCAAUUUGGCGGCGGUAAACCUCGCUGGCGAAAACGCAAUGCAUAAUUCUUAUCAAGGA